GAUGAAGACGACACAAACAUGGAAGACGAAAGCGAUAGCGAUAGUACCGAUAGCGGACGCGCAUGGAGUGUCGAGGCAAAAGACGAUGAUGAAGAAGUCGUGAAGCCUCCUAACUAUUUAAACAUGCAAGAUCCGGAACCGGAGUGGGAUAAGGACAGUUAUGAUGGUUACGAAUUGGUAUUCGACUCUGACGGCCGUGAAGGCUUCCCCAACGACGAGGAGUACCAAGAGUUUCGCGAGUAUAAAACCAAGGCCUGGAAGAAUAGGGGGUUUUUAGAAGAUCCAUUCAGAUCCAUCUACCCCAUUUUAGAUCUGGAAGAUCUUUGGUCAGACAGGGUAAAGGUGUCUAGGAGGCAAUAUUUGGCAAAUAUUGCUUCCCUGUGUGUUAAGAAACUCAACGAGGAGAAGGGUUCGUCUGUGGAAGUUGUAAGCAUUGUGAGAAGCAAUCUAAAAGCAGGAGGUGGGUUUAAGCUCUACAUCACCUUUAUGGCUCGAGAGCAUCCGGAUGGUCCUCUAGUGGAGUAUCAAGCCAAGGCAAUGGAUUUUGCAGGAGGCAUAAAACCUCCCUUUCCCAUUCUCUGCAGACCAGCCUCUAGCAUGCCCUAAUCUAUGACUUGCACAAGGUAUCUUUAUUAUUCAGUGUAACUACUAAACAUAAAUAUAAAAUUGCAUAGGUAUAUUUAUGUUUAGUGUUUUAUUCUCAGUGAGAUUACUUAGUUGCUGUGCUAAUUUUGAGGGUUGGUCUUGAUGUCAGCUAUGUCUUUGGCGUUUGUAUGGAUAAUGUGGCUUAAUAAUGGUUGCUAAAUUAUGUUGAAUGUUUAUUUA